AUGGCUCAGGUAGAGAAGACAGUAACGCCCGGGGACGAGGACACAGCGGUCCAACCCUCGACAUCAACAAAUAUGGCCGAAACAAUGAGAACAGGAUCGCAAUCAUCCCCACCUAUUCUCUGCCUGGGCAUGGCUCGCACUGGCACCGCGUCUCUAGCCGAAUCGCUGCGCUUUCUGGGCGUUUCCAACGUGCACCACGGGUUAGAGAUUAUUGGACCCGAGUUUCAGAAGCAUUGGCAAAUCUUGGACCGUGCUGCCGACGCGAGCUUCCCCACAUUGCCGACAUAUACGGGUAAGCCCUUCACACGGGCUGAAUGGGAUGAGGCCUUCGGAGAAUACGGGGCCGUUACUGAUAUCGCCUCCUUCUACGCCAUGUCGUUGAUCCACGCGUACCCUGAUGCCCAGGUCAUCCUAGUCGAGCGCGACAUCGAGUCUUGGUCUAAAAGCACGGAGCAGGUAUUCAAACCGUGGCAGAGCCAGUCGCAGGUAAGAAUGAUUCAUUGGGUUGGGUCCUGGAUCGGAAGUAUCGAGGGGAAAGUGAGCUUGAAGUUCCAGCUUGGAUGGACGCAAUCGAAACAUCCAAAAGACAUAUAUGGGAAUGCUCGUGCCGCCUAUGAAAGGCACUACAGGGAAAUCCGCGCAACUGUCCCGCCGGGGCAACUGCUCGACUUUCAGCUAAAGGACGGGUGGGAGCCACUAUGCCAGUUUUUGGGCAAAGAUAUACCAAAUGUCCCGUUCCCGCGCGUCAACGAGGCAGCUGCAUAUGCUCGGCACGCCAGGAGGACGAGGAAUGACGGAUUGAAGAAGCUGGCGAAGAAAGUGUUCCUGCCAUGCUUCUAG